CCUCUGCCCACGCGCCACCGCCGCAACCAACCGAGAAAAUAAACAAACCCCGAAACGGACCGCUGGGGCGCGCGAGGCUCCUCCCCUUCGCUCCGCCCUAGGCUCCCUCCCCCCUACCCCAAGUCUCUAUACAGCACCGACUCAGGGGCUGCUCUGCCGUGGGCGAACUAGCUGUUCUCUCUCCUCGCCACGUGAAAUCUCGCCCUUCUCGACCUGCAUAGGGUUUUUCUGUGCCCUCUCCCCUUUUAAGCGUCUCCCGCCCUCCAUCCCCCGGCUCCAUAGCUCGACCUUUUCAUCGCACCCGGGACCCGUUAUACACCACCCCCUUCACCCCUCCGCGGCCCAGAGAAAAAACGCCGCGGCGCGCGCAGAGAGAGCUGGGGGUGAGUGAGUGCGCGUGUCGCGCAGGGCCGAGAGGCACCCUCCGCCUCCCGCCAGCGGCUGGCUCCCUUCUCUCCCCCCCCCCACCCCGACUUCGGACUGUCUCGCGCCGCCGCCGCCGCCGGGCUCCGCGCGCUCUCUAGUCUCCCCCGCGCCGCGCCCCCGCCCCCUUCCCCUCCCAGUUGACGGAGGAGCCAGAGACCCAACGCCCAGCGCGGCCGGCCCCGAGGAGCUGCCGCUGCCGCCGCCGCCGCCGCGCCGCCGCCGCCGCUGUCGCCGUCGCCACUGCAGCCAACUAGCCAAGGAAGAGGAGGAAGACAGACCCGGGGGAAAGCCGCGGAAGGGAACGCGGUGUUGAAUUCUCCUUCAUGCCGGACUUAAGUCUAGCCCAGUCAGAUUCCUUCCUUGCUUUGCCUUGUGCUCUUAAGAUUUUGGGCACCUGUUAACACCGUAGGAGUGAAAAAGUUGGCUUUUGUUCACGAAUGAGGAAUUAUUCUCUGAUAGACUUUUCUUAAGAGAAUCAUCUUUACAAUGGCUUCAGCUGUGAUCAGUUCUGUUCCCACUACUGCUUCUCGUUUUGCCCUUCUGCAAGUAGAUAGUGGCAGUGGUUCUGAUUCUGAGCCUGGGAAAGGCAGAGGUCGGAAUCCUGGAAAAUCUCAAGCAUUGGGGAGCAAGCCAACCACAAAUGAAAAGAAAAAAGAAAAAAGAAGAAAAAAGAAGGAACAGCAGCAGAGUGAAGCAAAUGAGCUUAGGAAUAUUGCUUUUAAGAAGAUUCCCCAGAAAUCCUCCCAAGUAGUUUGUAGCUCUCAACAUGAGCUUUCAUUGCCAAACCCAGUACAGAAAGACUUACAAGAAGAAAAUUGGCAGGAGUGGAGACAAAGAGAUGAACAGUUGACAUCUGAAAUGUUUGAAGCUGAUCUUGAAAAGGCAUUGUUGCUAAGCAAACUAGAAUAUGAAGAACACAAAAAGGAAUAUGAAAAUGUUGAAAAUGCUUCACCUCAAUCAAAAGGUAUGAAUAAAAAAGAAAAAAGAAAGAAUCAUCAAGGGAAAGACAAACCACUCACAGUGUCGCUGAAAGACUUUCAAUCGGAAGCAAAUAUAGAUCACCUUAGUAAAAAAACUGAGGAAUUGAGUUCUUCCCAGACUUUAUCACAUGAUGGAGGAUUCUUCAAUAGACUGGAAGAUGAUGUUCAUAAAAUUCUUAUUAGAGAAAAGAGAAGAGAACAGCAAACAGAAUAUAACGGAACAGAUAAUUGUACAGCCCAUGAACACAGCCAGGAGGUAUACUUGAAAGAUGGAAGAACUGAAAGACUAAAAUUGGAACUUGAAAGGAAAGAUGCUGAAAUUCAGAAAUUGAAAAACAACAUCACUCAGUGGGAGGCAAAAUAUAAAGAAGUAAAAGCAAGAAAUGCUCAGUUAUUGAAAAUGUUACAAGAAGGUGAAAUGAAAGAUAAAGCAGAAAUACUUCUUCAAGUUGAUGAAUCACAAAGUAUCAAAAAUGAACUAACCUUACAGGUGACUUCGCUUCAUGCUGCAUUAGAGCAAGAAAGAUCAAAAGUGAAGGCAUUACAAGCAGAAUUAACAAAAUAUCAGGGUGCAGCCCUAGCUUUGAAGUUUGCCAGCCCAGGGAGAAGGGACUGCCUUCGCCUGGGAGGCCUUGGGACAGGCCCUUGAUCCAGGCUCUGCUUAUAGAAAAACUGUUGCCAGUUGAGAAGCAAGGGUGGCAGAAAAGGGAAAAGAAACUCCGAGUCUGACCAGUGUAGGUGAUCACAUUAGCCAUUGAGAUCAGCACAAACACACACACACACACACACACACACAUACACACACACACAUGCACGCACGCACGCACUACUUACCCACAUACAUAACACACAUACACACACACAAACUUUUCAGGGUUUUGGAAAAAAAUGUAUAUAUUUAAUGCUCUACAACUGCUGAACUAUGCAGUUUUUGUUGGGGAAAAGAAACCUAAAAUGACUAAUUGAUUAACCAACUAAAAACUAUUUCAUUUUUCUGUUGGUUUAAAGUGAAAAGUAGGAAAGUAGAAAAACUCAGUGAAUCAUUACUGUUUGCUGUCCAUGCUCAUCACUUUAGUUUUUCAUCAGUCAAUAAAAUUUACUCUUACA